AUGGAAGGUGAGGAUGUCUCCGGCGCAGAGGUCAUCUCAAAGGCUUCGAUAAAGCAGAAGCGCGCCCUUAAAGCCUGCGACUUCUGUCACCGGCGAGGUCGUCGCUGCAAAGCCUCACCCAACGACAACACCCGAUGCAUGACAUGCAUCGAGUAUGCUGUCUCCUGUACUUGGAAUCGAGUGUCUGCCAAACGGGGCGCCAAACCUCGUCGAUCGAAAGUCACAGAGACUCUGUGGAUCUUCGAUGAAAGCAAACAUGGUUCCCGGAGUCUCAUCACCAAUCUGUGCGACAACUUCUUCGAGUCGGUUUAUCCAGUAGCUGCCAUUAUACAUGAGCAAACCUUUAUGGAUCACUGGCACAGGGACAAGAUCCCCUGCGACAGGCCAUCGUAUGCCAGAUUGAUGGCUGUAUGCGCCUUGAGUGCCACUCGCAUCACCAGUGGCGCUACCUUCCAGCUAAGGAACAUCCAGGAGCACUUUGAGCCGAAUUUCUAUCUCAACGAGGCUUUGCAGGCAGUCUCCGGUAAUGUGAGCGAGUCAUUCAAUCUCGAAUCUCUUCAGGCAGUCGGAGUGAUAUGCCUGACGGCACUCGAAGCCGGUAACACCUUUUUGUUACAACGAUACAUGGGCAUGUAUCACGCCGCACUGGCAGAGCAAGGCUUCCACGACGAAAGGCGCUGGCCAGACGACAUCAGUAUCAUCGAGAAGGAAGAACGAAGAAGACUCUACUGGUACAUGUACCGUCUCGAGGUCCAUACAUCACUCGUCUUGGGGCAUGCUGUGCGAUGUCCCGAGUUACAUUCUGCCGUGGCAUAUCCAUCGCUCCCUGAUCAGGAUUUCACUGAGUCGAUUCGGGAGUCGGAGUGGCUCAGCGGAUGGAAUUUUAUCACCGACAUUUAUCGUGGUAUGGAACAUGUCAUCCCAUAUUUCCGGUCCCGGCGGGCGAUUGUCAACCGCGCGAAUCGAAAACUCUCCACGGCCUUCCUCUACGAUUAUGACCCCCAGGAGAAGAUCGUGGAGCCGCUGGCUCUAGCAUUGUCGAAUCUACCCAGCCGGUUCAAGCACGCGUUCGCGGUCUCCCGAGAUACCCGACAGAAUCGGUGUGCCUUUCAGACGGCGAACAUCAUAUGCACUUAUCAUUUGCUACGUAUUUUGUCAUUUUGUGCCAACGACGGGACAUUGUUUGAAGCCUGUCGGACGGCUCUUGACCUGAUCGAAGAGAUAUCGGCCAUUCCACACCAAUAUAUGAGAGCCAUGGGGCUUUCGAUGGCAAGUUAUACAGCUGUCAAGGUCACUCAGUGCUGAUGCCUUCCAGUUGCAAGAACUGUCCGGACUUGGGCACAUCUUGAGCAGUUUCGUCAAGAAAGAACUACGCAGGUCAGACUAUCAGCACCUGAGGACAGUGAUGUGAGCUCCAGCCUCCCAUCUUCCUCUGGACGUUCCGUCUCCAGAUUGGCUCGAUGCUUACGGUGACCAGGGUGUGUAUGUCGGAGCUUCUGGAGAUUAUGCCAUCAUGCCUGUCUGCGGCUGCAGAUGCCAGCCGAAGACUCCGGGCCUACGUUGAAGACAUCGAUCACUUCCUCAGUCCUACACAAACACCCGAAACCCCCACCGUCGAGUAUGCGCAAACUUAUGACGGAGCCCUGGUGACCCAGCAAUCCGACGUUGAUGAGAUUAUGAUUCCGCUUGAGAUGCUUGAACGAAUACCAUGGGACUGGGCAGAGCCGUUUCAUGUAUUUUAGAUUCCCCGAAAGCGGCAACAUGACAUACAGGACGAUUCAAUCCCUCAAUACUGCUUUGUGCCUUCGCCUGUUACCCACGACGUCCUUUGCCUCCUCGUCCUCCACAGGUAAUACUCUCCGGCAGUCAUGACCGGGUACUUGUUCGGACACUCUUCAGAGACACAAGUCGGAAUCGGAUCGAGCACAGUCUGUCGAUUUAGCCCCCAGAAGAAGGGUACAGAAUACCGCUCUCGACCACUUUCAUUGAUGACUCGAUGCACGGUGCUCACAAAAAAGUCAUUCGUCUGUCUCAUGAAACAAUCGGCAAUGUUGACAACGAACGACCCGGGAAUCGGCUUGACCUUGAUCCAACGUCCUGAUUUGCUCAGCACCUCCAAGCCCUCGGUGUCAGCGGUGAUGAUGGUGAAAUACUCGACAUCGGUGUGCGCUCCAAUUCCAUUCUGAUCAUCUCGAGAUGCUUCUUGUCUUGGAUAGUGCACGAUCCUGACCCCAGCCUCUGGCCGCUUGACCAUGUCAUCAAAUGACUUCUCAGGCAGACGAAGGGCCAACGCAAACAUCCUGGUGAGCUUACGGGCAAAGCUGAUCAUCUCUGACUGGUAUGCGCACAGCGUUUCCUUGAAUUGGGGCAAGUUCUCUGGCCAGAGAUUGAUCUCCGCAAUGGAACUAUCCGGCUCAUCCGGAUCAUUGGCCGCAUUGUAAUUCCAAUUGUAUGCCUCAUACAAAUCUGCGAGAGGAGAAUAUCAGCUUGGAAACAUCCGACUGCUCCCGUCAAAGGUUGAAGGACCAACCUCUCUGCUUCCAACUGUUGGGGUUGUAGUGCUGCAUGGGAUGAUAUCCGCAGUACUCGUCUGGCAUCAACUCCGUGCAAACUUCCAUCUUCUUCUCGGCGGGAAGGGCGAAGAAAGACUUUGCCUCGGUGAUGACGUUCUCGGCCAGCUGCAUAUUCACCCUCUACAUUCGAGGACAUUAGCAUUGAUUCAACAAUUUGCAUCAAUGAGAGUGAUUACCACGUACAUGGUUGACUAUGCAGAAAAAGCCGAUGCUGUGAGCUGCUUCCCGAAUCUCCUCAGCGACAGCCUGACGGUCGUCAGCAUUGUCGCUAUACAUGCGAGAGACGUCGAUGACUGGGAUCGCCUCAUCCGUGCUUGAAGCAUUGGAGUUAAAGGUGAAAGUCUUGCCAUUGGUGAGGGUGAUGCUGUGAGGGGCCUCAGAUUGGACUGUCGUCGCAGACAUGCUGACAGGCGAGGCGAGUUCUAGCAAACUUCUUCAGUAUCUUCAGCUGUGUGACCUACAAGGAGAUGCCGAGUCUCGUCCAGCGUAAUAUAUUGCAAUGCGAUAAGUUAUCUCUCCAAGUCGAGCGCCGGUCUGGAACACAAAGGAUUGCAAUUUACGAAUUCAGCCGCCACUGGUGUUGGACCAUGU